GCGCAACGCUUGCCUGUUCUGUUUUCAUUCUGCUUCGAAAGACACCUCUCUCUCUCUCUCUCUCUCUCUCUCCCUCUCCCUCGCUAAUGGCUUCUUCCGUGAAAGAGGCACUGGGUGAACUCGACAAGGACUCGUUCGUAACCCUUCUCUCGAAGCUCAUUGGGGAGUCCAAGUACGUCCAGAACAACCCGCCGGAGCUGAUACCGGAGGAGGACAGGAUCGUCAGGCACGUGCUCGACGUCCUCCUACCUCUCAGCACCACCACCGGUGGCGGCCCUCUCAUCGUCAACCACGUCACUUAUCAUCCCAACCGAGGCAACCUUAUUGUUGAGUACCCUGGAAUCCAGUCCGGCAAGAUCUUGUCGUUCGUCGGCAUGCACAUGGAUGUCGUCACUGCCAAUCCCUCUGACUGGGAUUUUGAUCCAUUCUCUUUGAGUAUUGAGGGUGAUAAACUUCGUGGUCGAGGAACAACUGAUUGCUUAGGCCAUGUUGCUCUUGUAACUGAACUUAUGAGGAGGUUGGGUGAGACAAAGCCAAAGUUGAAAUCAACUGUAGUUGCUGUUUUUAUUGCCAGUGAAGAGAACUCAUCCAUUCCUGGUGUUGGUGUGGAUGCACUGGUGAAAGAUGGCUUGCUUGAUAAGUUAAAACAAGGUCCUCUCUUUUGGAUUGACACAGCAGAUAAACAACCUUGCAUUGGUACCGGUGGCAUGAUUCCAUGGAAACUUCAUGUUGUAGGAAAGCUUUUUCACAGUGGUUUGGCCCACAAGGCUAUAAAUCCUUUAGAGUUAGCUAUGGAAGCAGUUAAAGAGAUUCAAUUGCAGUUUUACAAAGAUUUCCCUCCGCAUGAUCAAGAGCAAGUGUAUGGAUUUGCAACACCAUCAACUAUGAAGCCAACUCAAUGGAGUUAUCCAGGCGGUGGCAUCAAUCAAAUUCCAAAAGAGUGUACAAUUUCAGGAGAUGUCAGGUUAACUCCAUUUUACAACAUCGCAGAUGCUAUGAAGAAGCUACAAGAACAUGUAGAUGAUUUAAAUGCCAACAUAGAGAAGCUAGACGUGCGGGGGCCUGUUUCAAAAUAUGUUCUCCCAGAUGAAAACCUUGUAGGAAGAAUUGAAAUAAGUUUUGACGAGGCAUUUUCUGGAGUUGCCUGUAAUCUUGAUUCUCGUGGCUUCCAUGUAUUGUGCAAGGCUACUGAAGAAGUUGUCGGGCACGUAAAACCCUAUGCUAUCACUGGGAGUUUGCCACUCAUUAGAGAACUACAGGAUGAAGGCUUUGAUGUUCAAACUUCAGGCUACGGUUUAAUGGCAACAUACCAUGCCAAGAAUGAAUAUUGCCUGCUCCGGGACAUGUGCCAAGGCUACCGGGUGUUCACCAGCGUCAUUGACCAAUUAGAAGACUGAUUUUCGUCAAAUUUCACCAAAUCACAUGGAAGACAUGGUUAUGCAAAAUGGAGCUGAUCAAAUAAAAACCCCCCUUUACCAAAGUGUUUCUGCUUGUCAAAACUGGCAUCUAAUGCCUCGUCAACAGCUACCUAUUGCCUUCAUCUACUAGCUGCAAAUGGUGUUUUAAAGUUUAGAAGUUUGCGAAUCUGAAGAAUGACAAUGGUAUUCAUCUUCUUUACUAAUCUUUACCCAUAUAAGAUUACAUUCUCUA